GAUAGCACCGCUAAGGUAUUUCAGCCUGUGUGAGAGAAGUUGUCUGAACACAUAACAUAGAGCAGGUUUCUGCUUCUGCUCACAACUUGGACUCAAAGCAUAUCCAUUGUAAAGGAGGAAACAGUCGCCUGCUUGUUUGAUUGCAAAUAAAAAGUCUGACCACUCAUUUAAAAAUAAAUACAUAACGGUAUUUGAAAAAGAUAUAGCGUAUGUCUCUAUCUGCAUUAGAAGAAAAGUGAAAACCACGGAGCCCGUUCACACACCGGAGUGGUGUGUUAUUUGGUUUCGAUCAGGGGGAGUCUGCUGUGACACAUCACAAGGAUUUAUCACAAAAGUGUACAAUGUUGUGGAUCGGGUUUUUUUGCACUUUCUCCGUGCUGUCGCUUUCAAUUGGAGCUGAUCUCAAACCACGAAGCUGCAGCGACGUCAGGCAAGCGUAUACUGCUAAAGGCUUCAGUCUGGUCAAUGUUCCUCACCAGGAAAUAUCAGGGGAACAUCUGCGAAUCUGUGCCCAGGGAUACACAUGCUGUACCUCAGAAAUGGAAGACAAACUCAGCCAGCAGAGUAAACUGGAGUUUGAAAACCUGGUUGAGGAAGCAAGUCACACCCUGCGUACAACCUUUGUUUCCAGACAUAAGAAGUUUGAUGAAUUCUUCCGGGAGCUCCUGGAAAACACCAGGAAGUCCUUAAAUGACAUGUUUGUGCGUACGUACGGCCACUUGUACAUGCAGAACUCCGAGGUGUUUCAGGACCUGUUUGCAGAGCUCAAGAGGUACUACACGGGUGGGAACGUUAACUUGGAGGAGAUGCUGAACGAUUUCUGGGCUCGACUGCUUGAACGGAUGUUUCAGCUGGUGAACGCACAGUACCACUUUACAGAGGACUACUUGGAAUGCAUUAGCAAAUAUACAGACCAGCUAAAGCCUUUCGGAGAUGUGCCAAGAAAACUCAAGGUUCAGGUUACCAGAGCAUUCAUUGCUGCUCGCACCUUUGUCCAGGGUCUCACUGUUGGCAGGGAGGUGGCGAACAGAGUAUCCAAGGUCAGCCCAACUCCAGGGUGCAUCCGGGCACUAAUGAAGAUGUUGUACUGUCCUCAUUGUCGUGGAAUUCCUGCCCUAAAGCCCUGCAACAACUACUGCCUGAAUGUAAUGAAGGGAUGCCUGGCGAACCAAGCCGAUCUUGAUCCGGAAUGGAAUCUCUUCAUAGAUGCCAUGUUGUUGGUGGCAGAGAGGCUGGAGGGACCUUUUAACAUCGAGGCUGUGAUGGAGCCCAUCGAUGUUAAGAUUUCUGAAGCCAUCAUGAAUAUGCAGGAAAACAGCAUGCAAGUGUCAUCAAAGGUGUUUCAAGGUUGUGGGCAGCCCAAACCAGCUCCCGCUGGAAGAGCCACUCGUGCUGUUUCAGACGUUUUCAACCACCGCUACAAGCCAUCCGAAGAAAGGCCCACCACAGCAGCUGGCACAAGCCUCGACAGACUGGUUGUUGAUAUUAAAGAAAAACUGAAGAAGUCCAAAAAGUUCUGGUCCACAUUACCAGACAGCAUCUGCAGUGAUGUCAAAGUGACAGGUGACAGAUCUGAUGAAGAGGAAUGCUGGAACGGGCACACGAAGGGCAGGUACUUGCCUGAAGUGAUGAACAAUGGCCUGACAUACCAGAUUAAUAACCCAGAAGUUGAAGUAGACAUCACAAGACCAGACACUUUCAUUCGUCAGCAGAUCAUGGCACUCAGAGUAAUGACUAACAAGCUGAGGAAUGCAUAUAAUGGGAAUGAUGUCAAUUUUCAAGAUGCAAGUGAUGAAGGCAGUGGGUCAGGAAGCGGCAGUGGCUGCAUUGAGAUGUGCAUCCCUCAGUUUGAAGUUAUCAGCACAAAAGCCCCCACUGUCGUCGUGGACAGAUUUGCUGAAACAAAGGCUUCAGCCCCCAAGCCGAGCCACUCUCUGGUGCUCACUGUGUUCCUUCUCUGCACGAUCUUCGCACUGCAGAGACCAUUGAGAUAAUGCUGGUGACUGUGCUGAUGGACAGACAGCAGGCCUUGCUGUUUUGUUCAUGUUGGACACAUGACUACACUCUGGCAAUUAAAAGAGUUUUGAAAUGGAGAGCGCAGUACCGUAACCUGCUUCCCCUUUUCCAAAGAAUGCUUGGUGCCAUCUUGAAGCAGCUUAUGCCAAACUGCUCACUCCUUCUCUGGAGCUUUCUGAAGAUGCUGUACUGAACAACAGCUUACUAUCCAAGAGUUUACUUUAAAUACAAAUCUAUUUUUUCUUUUCUUUCAUACAGUAAAAGUGAAGAGAUCUCACAAAGACUUAAGUUUGAACUCCGUUUCCAUUUUCCCCCCGUCCCCCCCAUACAAAACAAACCACUGUGAGAAUCCAAUUAGAAAGAACUCUUAUGAGAAGAGCAACCUAUUACUAAGGACCCCUAAAGCCAAACACUUAAUAUGAAAUUGGAAAGAUUGUGUUUUUAGUAAAGGGUGUUGCCUACUGAAGAUAGCAUUUUACUUUUAAAUGAGCACUCUUUUCAGUUUAUCUCCUAUGUGAGACUUGUUAUCACUUUUUAAAUAUUUUUAGGUGGGUUAUUUUUGAUUUUUAGUGUUAGUCUGUAUUUUCUUAUUGGUCUAAGUGGUUGACAGAUAAGAAGAAAAAAGAAUGCAACAGGUAGGCAACAUUUGAAAGUCAUUUUUUCUUUUCUUUUGGUAGAGUUGGAUCCCCUGUUUCUAUUAAGAGUUUUUAAAGUAUGAAUAUAUAUGUGUAUUUUUUAAGUCCUACUGGAUCAUUAGUACAGAUUGCUCAUAUCUCUUCACAGCUCUGGGAAUUACUGCGUGGUGUUUCUUUUAGAUGCAGACCAUACGGAAUUGUUUUGUACUGGUUGUGUUUCAUAAAAGUACUUUUUAAGUAUACAGGUUUUUACUAAUCUAACAAUUACUGAUCAUAUGAAAUUGAUAGACAGUAAAUGUCCUGCCUUAGGACUUUAAGCCAUGUGUGUUGGGCAUGCUUAGCAUGCCAAGGGUACCAGAACCCAGGAGUUGACUUUACACCCAUGUUAACUAAAGCACUGUACACUAUUUUGAAUCUGAUCCACUGUAUCUUCUAUACAAAAAGAAAAAAAAUGCAUAUAACUAUAGAGAAAAUAUGCUCAUACAAUGGUUCAUAUUGCUAUUACAUAGGAUAUCUUUUAAACACUUGUACUUUUUAAAGAGGGAUUUUGCUUCUGAGUUAACAACUAGGAGCAAAACUAUGUAUUUAUCUUCUUUAAUCUAAUUAUUAAUCAUCUAUUUUUAUAAUCACAUAUUUUACCAAACUGUAUCUAUUAGCUCAGGUUUGACAUGUCUGUAAACAUGCAAGGUAGCUGUUUUGUCAACCGUUUUUUUUUUUUUAAUUGCACAUCCUAAACUCUUUCAGCCCCCUCUCUUGUUUUUCUGGUGCCCUGUCAAUCCUCCAUCUAAUAGAUAUUAUUAACAGACUUCUCAGCUGCUCUUGCCAAAGGGAUAGAUAAUCCCUUUAGGUUGCUCAGACACAGUGAAGACCUGGCUGGUUUAUGUUCUCAGGGUGUUAAAUGUGCCCAAUAACACAUUUUGCCUCAGUGACAAAGUGAAGAUUCAGUAAAUAUGAGGAAUGAGUCGGGAUGUUGGGAUUCAAGUAACAACCACCUCAAUUCAGGCUCAAAAGCUUAAAAGCUUAAUGAUUCAACACUCCAGUGCAAAUACAUGAAGUAAACAAAAAAAAACACUACAUAUCCUACAUUGUAGCCCUUUUUAUGCUGUUUUUGUUUAGUACUGCAAUCAUAUUUAUCACAAAAUAACCUAAGUAGAUAUUAUUACAAAUAAUUUAACAUAACAAGGAGUGUCUUUUUUUUUUUUUUUUUUUUUUUUAGAAGCCAGUGUUUUGCUUGGUAUGCAUUACCUUGCCCAUUUUCAGAAGUUGGGGUUCUAAAUCUUUCUGAAACUCAUUAAGACUAUAAGAAAUCCUAAUAAAUCCUGCAGUAAGGAGUGAUGGAAAUGUUUGUACACAGUGCUCGAGCAGGAUGCUUAACUUCAGGCUCAUUUGUCAUCUGCCGAGCUUCAGAAUAAGGAUGCUGUCUGCUGGAUUCCCCAGCAGUACAUUUCAUCAUGACUAAUAAAGUCAGCAGCCCAUUGCUUAAACACUCCGCAAUAUUCUACAUUUAUUUUAAUUUCAGUUUCCAAUCAUAAUACAUAUUUUGCCAAUUCUAUAAGCGAUAUAACAAAGCUUCCCAAUGUAUUAUUUUAAGCUAUAUUCUCUCUUAGAAAACAAAACAUAAAUGCAGGCUUCUUCAGUUAACGAUUAGAAGGAUGGACGAUAGGCUGUAUAUGUAUAUUGUCCAAGUUUUUAACAUGUUGUUUGGAAAGUUAUAUUCAGUAUUAAUUUGCAGAAGCAGGUAUGGGAUUGAUAGUCAUUUGGAGAUGACAUAAAACAAUACUGUGCAGCAUAGUGUUGUGCUAUGCAGUUUCGAGGCCUGAGGCACAAGUGAAAGAUGUCAGUAAAAAAAAAUUUGAGAAGGUCAGUAAAGGGAGGAGGGCUGGGGGUACAGCAUUAAAUCUGCUGCUUCCGUGCACAUGGUAUAAAUCAAGGCUCAAGUUGCGUGAAGCUUAAAAAGCAAGCAGGGCUGGAAAUGAGAAACUUAAGUGCUAGCGACAAUUGGGUAAAGCUUGAAUGCACUCGUAAGAAUUUUCAUAGCUACAGCGAUCGUGAGGAGAGCAGGUAUUGGAGUAAACAAGUUAAUAUCACUGAAGCAGACACUUCUAAAAUGAAAGCUAACAGAAAAGUAAAUUGAUCAUUUGUUAUGAGCCUCAGGUUUCAAAAGUGCCAGUGAUUAGGAAACUUUUAUAAAGGCUUAUAGCUAGUAUAAUGUUGUUAGGUAAUUUACAGCACUUUGUCAUGUUCCAACUUUUGUUACAGACAGUAAAAGCUAUCAAUAGGUAAUACAUUACAAAUAUACAUCAUUCCGGCAUCAGAACAAAAGUUCAUCACUGACUGUAGCUUGCAUAUAUUACAUAUUUAGUUAUAUAUUUUAACUGACUUUAUGUUUUUAUAUAACUUAUAUUGAGUUAUCAAUAAUAUAUAGUUUCACAGAGCAAGCCAUUUCAUUUGAGUUAAGGUCUACAUUUAUUGGAAAUAAAACAUAUUAUACAGAUGGAUAGAUAUUAUUAUUACACCAUGGGACUUAAAGAACAAUUUGUGAAUCUCCUUUAAACACCGGGCAAGUGCUUAAGAAAAUAAGUUAGUGUACUCAUCUGCUUUAAAUAAACUAUUUUCCAGUAAUGAUGUUGCAGCUUCUCCAUCUCAUUGUGUAACUAUUGUCAGUACAUCUGAUACAGCUGACAAAGGUUUUGCUUUUGCUGUAAAAUCACACAAAAUAUGUGUCAUUUAUUUGGUACUUAUAAAUUAUAACAACUCAGUGUUUUAUGUAAAGAACUGAUUCCGUAUAUGUUUACAUCAACAAGAAUAAAUGUUGAAAGGUGUUUCAAAACACAGUUUAACACAUUUUAUUGUAAACAAAAAAAGUAUUUUACACUACUUGCAAAUUACCUUACUAUUAUUUCUAUUUUAUUUUUUAUUACAGUAGUUUGAUUUUCUUUUUCUUUUUCUUGUAACAGAGAACUAUAUAACUUGAGGUGUGUUAAUAAAACAUGAAUUGAAA